UCGAUUUUAAUUAUUUUCUUCUCAUCUCUUUAAAAUCUUCCAUUGGUGCCGUUAUUUUAUCCCUUAAGCCGUAUCUGUAAGAAUUUUUCUGAUCUCGUGUGUUCUUGUCGAGCGGCAGUGUUUCGGCAAAAAGUUAUUAAAAAACGAAUGGAAAAGGCCGGAAAUGUUUGAAACGGGAAUGAUUUAUCAACAGGUCGAACAAAAAUAUUGUGACUUUUAUCAAUAUGGACCGACACAAAUGAGCAACGCUGGAAAUUUUAGUCCAAGCUCAAUGGAAUCUUUGGGCAUUGGCUUUGAGAUGUCUCCAAUGUCGAUUGAUGAGGCAUCUCCAAAUCAUGCCACGGAUUAUAUCACAAUUCCGGGUGCUACAGCUUAUAAAUUAUCUCGGAAAUGCUGUAAUCAGAUGUUCUCUCGUAACAUCUGAGGAUGAAAAUAGAAUGCCUCACGCCCAUCAUUUGAUAAAGAGAGAAGGAAACCAAGAAUUGGAUGAUUUUCAUGAAAUUGAAGUCUCGGAAGAAUUUGGUCAUGUAGCUGCGUUUAAUGGAAUGGGUAUUAUACAUACGGCAAAAAAAAACAUCAAAGAUGAGUUGGUACGAAAGAAGAAAAUUGAAGCAUUAGAAAAAUUGAGACAGAAAAAUGUGAACGUGCGAACAUUAAGUGUCACAGAUUUAACUAAGAUUAAUCAAGAAGCUGAAGAGGCAGCAAAGAAUAUGAACCUAAACAGUGUAGCUCUUUGUUUUCAAGCAUUCUACAGAGAUGCCAAUGGGGUUUUGCAGAUUUUAACGGAUCCCGUUUAUUCUCAUCCAAUCAAUAAUUUAAAAAGUGCCUUAACAGGAGAGUUAAAAAUUUGCCGUAUUGAUAAGCACACGAGCAGCUGUGAAGGAAAUGAAGAGAUCUUCAUUUUGGUCGAGAAAGUUGGGAAAAAAAAUAUAAAAAUUAAGUUUUACGAAUUGGAUGAUUCUGAUAACGAAGUCUGGUACGAUUACGGCAAAUUUUCAGAACUGGAUGUUCAUCACCAAUAUGCGAUCGUCUUCAGAACACCAGCCUAUAAGGAUACAAAUAUUAGGUCUCAUAAGGACGUAUUUAUUAAGCUAGAAAGGCCUUCCGAUGGUGAAUGUUCAAACAGCGUUAAAUUCACAUACAAAGCGAGUGAAAAACUUCAAAAAAACAAAAAACGCUCCCGAGUGUCAGAUUCGACUUCAGGAAGUCUAGAAUUUUCUUCUUCGCAAAAUGUCAAUGAAAAUUUAAACAAAAAUAGUCAAAUGAACACGGAGGAGCUUAUGUGGCUACUCAAGGAUGCGACACUGCCUUCCGAAGAACUGGAACUUGCAAUUGAUAAUAUAGACAUGGACAAAUUUGUGGACACUUAUGUAAAUCUUUUAGAAAACGAUCCAGGCGAAAACGUGUGUGAUGGGCCUGAAAAACGAGACAAUUCUACUUUUGCGAGAGAUGUCCUAAUCGAAAUUCUGGAAAUUAUCAAAAAUAAGAAUCCACAUGAUAUAAAAGAUAAGAUUAUGGAAUUGUUAAAAGAACUGACCGUUUAUGGAGAUACCCCUCUUCAUGCUGCUCUGCGUUGCAAUCAACCGGAUAUUACAAACACCUUGUUAGUGAUUCUUGGCCUUCAUUCCGAUUUUAAAGCUCUUGCUAAUGCAGAAAAUAGUUUGGGCAAGACGCCCUUGCAUUAUGCAGUUAUACAAAAUGAACCGCAAGUGGUAAAAGCUCUUCUGAUGUUGGGUGCCGAUCCCAAUUUUUGUGACGAAAAUGAUAGCACUCCGCUUCACGUGGCAGUCACUUACCCGGAGUGUGCUGCAUGCGUGGAUGUUUUAUUAACGGCCAAUCCGAAUCUGGAGGCCCGUGACGAAGCAGGAUGGGUUCCGCUCCAUUUGGCAGCAAAAGCUGGUUCUCUGAGUGCAGUCAAAUCCCUAAUUAAGUCCGGGGCGGAAGUAAAUAGCACGGAUGUCUCAUAUGGACGUACAGCUCUUCAUAUUGCUGUGGAAGGCAGCCACAGUGAAAUCGUCGAAUAUUUACUAAAAGAGACGAAAAUCGAAGUGAAUAAGAAAAACUUUGGAGGAAAUACAGCCUUGCAUAGUGCCGUUGUAAUGAGUGGCGCCAGAGCAAAAGAAAUUUGCGAAUUAUUAAUUCGACAUGGCGCGGAUCCGUCGGUUUCUAACCGAGAACCAGCCGCUGUGGAAGAAGGCUGUGACGCGGGAAUCAAAACCGAACUCGAAUCAGAUGACGAGGACCCAAAUGGACAGACUUCGUUUGAUCUUGCCAAGAGUAAAUUAGAGAUUUUGGAAUUGCUGCAAGGUAAGGUACGGAAAGAUGAGACUGGAGAGAAUGUGGAGGUGAAAGAGGAAGUGAUUGAAGAGGCAGAACCUCGAAAUAAUUUCAACAAUGAGGAUAUGCUGAAAUUAGCCAAAAUUCUCGACAAAACGGGAGGGUGGAAAAAAUUGGCGGAACGUAUGGGUCACGGAAUUUUGGUGCCUGUUUUGAGUGCAGGGACAACUAGUCCUUCCCUCACGCUUUUAAGUUACAUUAAUAACGUAGGAAAGAAAGUUUUGGAUAUAUUGACAGAACUGAAGGAAAAAGAAGCUGUUGCAGAGCUUCAAGAGAUGUUCAAAAAUCAGAGGAUAAAUGAAUGAUAUACAGAUAUUUCUAUGCAUUUUUGAAAGAAAAAAUAUCUAAAAAUCGUUUAUAAACAAGUAAAUUAAGUUUUGAAAAU